CAUCAAAUCUCCAGCGCAUCAUCUGGAUCAUACUUCAAGUAAUAAAAAAGAACAAGGAAAAAGUCGAGCAAUCCGAAAUCCAGAUUCUUCCUUGUCUAGCUCCACCACUCCUGUUGAUGAUACGAUCUCCAGCAUCUACCAAUCAAUCAUUCCCAAACUCAAAUCUUUGAUUCCCAUGAUUGAUGGCUCCCAAGCUUCCCAUCUGGAAUCAUCAUCAUCAUCAACAACAACAACAACAACAACAUUCCUUCUUCAGCAUCGACACCUUCCUUCGUCUCAUCCCUUCGUGGCCCUUUCCCAACCCUCGCGCUCCCUCUUCUCCGCAGCCCGUUCCCCGCCCGCCGGAGCGUGGAUGCUCCCUUCCCCUUUUCCGCCCAUACGUCGCCAAGGUCCCCUGGCACGGCGGCGUCCGAGCUUUCCUUUCCCAGUUGUUCCCGCGCUACGGCCACUACUGCGGCCCCAACUGGUCCAGCGGCAAAGACGGGGGCUCCAUGCUCUGGGAUCGCCGUCCUAUUGAUUGGCUUGAUUUCUGCUGCUAUUGCCAUGAUAUAGGUUAUGAUACUCACGAUCAGGCCAAGCUUUUGAAGGCUGAUUUGGCUUUUCUUGAAUGCUUGGAAAGACCUAGGAUGGCUACAAAGGGUGAUCCUUCUGUGGCUCUGCUCUACAAAUCUAUGUGCAUUGCGGGUUUGAGGAACAUGCUCAUACCUUACAGGAUGCAGUUGGUAAGAUUGCAAGCUGGGCCUUCUGUUGUAGAUAUGCUGGGCAGUUUGAUUGGGAGAAGUAUGUUUUUUAAACAAAAUUUGAACCCGAAAUCUUCUGCUUAGGUUGUAAAGGAAGAGCUUUUCAGUAUUGCCUAUUGUCUGCGAAGCAGGUAAUAUUGUUUUUUGGUUUCUUAUUUGGCUUCUGCAUAUAAUCACCUUCACCUGCUUCCCGCAUGGCUUGGCAUAUGAAAAAAAAAAAAUUUGCUGUGAGAGUUUGCUUCUCUGAUCAUUAUCUGGUAUUAAAUUUGUAUGUUGUAACCUGUGAAUAUAUAGUUGUGUUGAUGAAUUAAGAUGAUACGAAGGAAUGUACAGUGCAAACAUUGAGUGGAAUUAAUGAAAGCUGGGGGGUUUAAUGUGUGGAAGCUUUUGAGACUUAUAUGAUCAACA